GAAUGAACGCAAUCUUAUAUUCAUUUUGAAACUCGGUUUAACUGAGUAUAUGACUGUCUAGUUCCAUUGAUUACCUUUUGCUCAGUUAUGUGACCAAUUCAAACGUGUUACGCGUGAAUGCAUCCAAUAUUACUUUGUUUAGCUGUCUGUUUAUCUACCUCUCUGCCGAUCAUAUUUAAUUAUUAUAUUGACCUUUACAUACUUCGGACACGCUGAAUAUCUUGAGCUAAAAGGAAUCCUUUGUGAUUCAUUACUAUCACACACGGUAGCUCGUUAAGAAGAAGCUUUCUUUAUCCCAUUUGAACACUUUUAAAGGAGAACCUGGAUCAUCAUAGAAAUACUUAAUCCAAGAAUUGAAACGGAUCACAUCACCUAUCGUGUUGAUUACUGAAGCAUGAAUAUAGCUGUUAUCGGUUUCAUCAAGCCCGUUGCUUUUAGUUCUUACGACGUAGUUGGCGCAACCUAUAAAUGUUUUGACUUUCUGGGUGCUCUCUCCUUGUCUGUUGCGUUAUCGCGCAGUUUCCAUCUGAUAAUUCUAAAAUAACCUUUCGUUGGAAUUAAAGGAAUACUUAUUCUUAAUAAUUCUCACAAGAAAUGGGAUCUCACUUUGGUGUAGUACAACCAAUUUUCACGGAUUUCUAUGAAUUGACAAUGUCGUAUGCCUAUUGGAAAGCUGGAAAAGCCAAUGAUACUGCAACUUUUGAAAUGUUUUUUCGUAAAAAUCCUUUCAAUGGGGAGUUCACUAUAUUUGCUGGUCUUCAGGAUUGUAUUGAGUAUUUAAGUUCGUUUAGAUUCACUCGGGAUGAUGUUGAAUAUUUGCAAAAAAUUAUGCCAUCAACUGUUGAUCCCGAUUUCUUUGAUUAUUUGCUUAGUAUUGAUACAAAGGGAUUAUUGUUAUGGUCUGUUAAAGAAUGUUCAGUUGUUUUUCCAAAAGUUCCUAUUAUGCGAAUUGAAGGACCAGUAGUACUAUGUCAACUUGUAGAAUCUACAUUAUUGAAUUUGGUUAAUUAUGCGAGCCUAGUGACUACGAAUGCUACACGUUACCGUCUGGCUUGUGGUCCAAUUAAAAAAUUAUAUGAAUUUGGUUUACGUCGUGCUCAAGGACCAGAUGGUGCACUCUCAGCUUCAAAGUAUGCAUAUUUGGGAGGUUAUGAUGGAACUAGUAAUGUUCUAGCUGGGAAAAUAUAUGGAAUUCCAGUUGUUGGGACACAUGCACAUUCAUUUGUGUCAGCUUUUCAAUCUUCUUAUGAAGGGGAAUGUAUAAAUGAUUUCGGAAAAUUCAGAAGAGAAGCCGCCGAUCUAAAUAACUCACAUGAUGAUCACCUUUUAGACUUAAACCGUCAACCAAUGAAAUUGAAUGAAUUUUUGAAACGUUGUUGGUAUUGGUCUGCUAGUUUAUCUCGUGUAUUAAAAUAUCAUUCAGAUCAAAUACAUCCAGGUGAAUUAAAUGCAUUCGCCAAUUAUGCUAUUGCAUUUCCGACAAAAUUUCUUGGUUUACUUGAUACAUAUGAUGUGUUAAAAUCAGGUUUACCAAAUUUUUGUGCAGUUGCAUUAGCUCUUCAUGAAUUUGGUUAUCAAGCUAUUGGUAUACGUAUUGAUAGCGGUGAUAUAGCCUACUUAUCAUUGAAAAUUCGUAAUACGUUUCAGCUAAUCAGUUCACACUAUAAUUUACCUUGGUUUGCACAACUUCAAAUACUUGCCAGCAAUGAUUUAAACGAAGAUACAUUACAUUCUUUUAAUCAACAAGAUCACUCAAUUGAUGCAUUUUGUGUUGGGACAAAUCUAGUCACCUGUCAAAAACAACCAGCCUUAGGAUGUGUAUAUAAACUUGUUGAAAUUAAUGGAACUCCAACAAUGAAACUUAGUGCUGAUUUUGAAAAACUUACUUUGCCAGGAAAAAAAGUAGUUUAUCGUUUAUAUAGUCAGCAAGGUGAAGCAUUACUGGAUUUAAUGAGACGCUCACAUGAAGAUUCUCCAAACGUUAAUGAACGUAUUCUUUGUAGACACCCAACUCAAGCAUCGAAACGUGUUUUUGUUGUACCCGGAAGAGUUGAACCAUUACUCAAGUUAUAUUGGAAUUAUGGAAAAUUAGUUAAACCAUUGCCGACAUUGAAUGAAUCUAGAGAAUACGCUAUGAAUGAAUUAAACACUCUAAGACCAGAUUAUAAACGUAUAACUAAACCGACGCAAUAUAAAGUUUCAGUUUCGGAUGAAUUAUAUCAAUUCACUCAAGAAUUAUGGCUUAGUAUUACACCAAUUGGUGAAAUUAGUUAGUAAUUUUAUUCAACUUUUUAUUACUACUAUUAUAAAUAGUUCAUUUUUCUUUAUAUCCACCUUUCACAUAUCAACCUAAUUUAUAACAAAUGUACUAUUUUUUGCCUGCCAUCAUUUGUUUAUUACUUAUUUCCUUAUUAUUAGUAGUAUUUUGUUUAAGUCUUGCUUUACUAUACAAAUAGAUUGCUUUCAAUACUUUUUUGUGAUAAAUUUGAGAGAUACAUUCAAAACAACAUAUCUAUGUAUUUUUGACUACAUUUUCUCAUACCAAAUAUUUUUUAUGUAUAGAUUAUGAAUACCAAUAAAAAAUUUCGUCUUGUUCGCAAAGAAUAUCCACUUUAGUUGCCAUUUUGUUGUUGUUAAAUUCUUUGUGGUAAUAGACAACAUAAACUAUGCUAUGAAAUAAUGGAGAAUAUUUUUCGACUCAGGUGGAUACUUUUGGUAGUGUUGAAUUCUUCUAACUAGAUGUUUUAUAAUUUCGGAGUUCUCAUUUUCUUUCUGGACAACACAUUAUCAGUGCUUACUACAAAAGAUUACUCGGAAAGACAAUGAAUGCUUUACAACCAAAUCAUUGAGCUCGGAGACCACAACAAAACUAUUCUAUGGAAGAAUGUUCUCCUUAAAUAUCGGGUUUACGUUUUAUAUACACAUAAUAUUAGUCAAAGUACCUGUACUUGGUUAGUGAGUAACUUUGUCAACAAACCCCUAUGAAGCAUUGUAUUCUUAUCUUCUGAAAUUGGUUACUGAGAAUAAAAAUUAUCUCCUAAGUGUUUCUAUUUAUUUUAGUUCCGACUAUAAUAUUCAUAUCUUAUCUAAAAUGAUUAUGAUUUUUUUUAAAUUUUUCUGUCCAUUUUUAAAUCCUUAUUGUUUUUAUUUUCAAGUUUACUGAGUUUUCACAUAUAUCACUGCUG